UCGAAAUCAGGGCUGCCAAUCCAACGACUCUGACGCCAUUAUGACGGGGUGUGAGGGAAAUUUUAGGCUUGCAUAAUUGUUCCGCCGAAACAUGAGCGGGUUAAAGUGCGCUAUUUACCGAUAUGGGCUCAGCAUAAAUCGCCGUGCUUGCUGCAAAUUAGGUACGGACUAUCGGAGGGUUUUUGGUUGUGUUAACAAUUAUAACUUCUCAAAACAUAACCUACAAAUAUAUCGUGCCAAACAUGAGAAUGCUUCAAUUACACCGAAACUGGUACGUGAUCGCGAAGUACAUUCUAUCACUCAGAAUGAAAAGCCACUCCGAACUUUUCCCAGUCUUAGUGAAGGUCCUGAUCUGAAAGACUUUAUCAAGUCAGAUGCUACAGGGUAUUCUACAGAGGUUGAACGUAUUCCUUAUUUAGAAACAAUUUGCGGUAAUGACCGGAAAGUUUAUUUUAGUGUUUACGGAUGUCAGAUGAAUGUGAGCGACACAGAAAUCAUUUGGUCAAUUCUGAAGAAAUCUGGCUAUCAGAAGACCGAUACCAUAACAGAUGCCGAUGUAAUUUUGGUUGUGACAUGUGCCAUUCGGGAUGCAGCUGAACAGAAAAUAUGGAACAAACUUGUUCAUUUGAGACAUUAUAAAAAAUGGAGAAGUCUUCGGUCUGACAAACCAACACUCAAAAUUGGUUUGCUAGGUUGCAUGGCGGAGAGAUUGAAGCAUAAGCUACUGGAGACGGACAAGGUAGUGGAUGUUGUAGCAGGUCCUGAUAGUUAUAAGGACUUACCUCGAUUGCUAUCCCUUGCAGAAGAUAAUGAAACGGCUAUCAAUGUGAUUUUAUCGUAUGAUGAAACUUAUGCCGAUGUGACACCAGUUCGAAUCAAUCAAGAUUCCGUUACUGCCUUUGUUUCAAUUAUGCGAGGGUGCGACAACAUGUGCACUUACUGUAUAGUUCCCUUUACACGUGGCAGAGAAAGGUCUCGUCCAAUCGCUAGCAUUCUCGAUGAGAUAUCACGUUUAUCCGACGAAGGAGUAAAAGAGGUUACUCUACUUGGACAAAACGUUAAUAGUUUUAGGGAUUUAUCGGAGUCAAAAUUUUCGAUUUCAGAAAAAAGUGAAUCCAAAUUGGCAGCAGGAUUCAAAACUGUUUACAAACCGAAAAUUGGUGGCUUGAGAUUCAGCGAUCUGUUGGACAAAGUUUCACAGAUUAACCCAGAAAUGAGGAUAAGAUUCACGUCACCCCAUCCAAAAGAUUUUCCAGACGAAGUAUUGCAGUUGAUAGCCGAACGACCUAACAUCUGUCGCAACAUACAUUUACCUGCUCAGAGUGGAAAUUCAAUGGUCUUGGAAAGAAUGAGACGAGGCUAUACCAGAGAAGCUUACAUUAGUUUAGUUGAGCACGUACGCGAAAUCAUACCAGACAUCAGUAUAUCGAGCGAUUUUAUUUGCGGUUUUUGCGGUGAAACUGAAGAAGAAUUUGCAGACACAAUUUCACUCAUGCAAAUGGUCAAAUACAAUAUGGCUUACCUAUUUGCUUACAGCAUGCGAGAAAAAACAACCGCGCAUCGACGUUAUGAGGAUAAUGUUGAUGACAAAGUAAAACUAUGUAGACUCCAGAAGAUGACUGAAAUUUACCGAACUGAGGUGCAAAAAUUAAAUCAGGCAAUGAUCGGGCAACAAUAUUUGGUCCUCGUUGAAGGGAAAAGUAAAAAAUCCGAAUUUGAUCUGCAAGGUCGAACCAGUGGCAAUACAAAAGUGAUAUUUCCGGGUGGUUCAAUACAAGACAAUACACGUAUAACUGCAAGCCGUAAUAUUAAAGCCGGUGACUACGUUGUUGUGCAGAUAGUUAAUGCUAAUUCGCAGGUUCUUAAAGGGAUUCCGCUUCGUCACUCCUCAAUUACGCAGUAUGCACUCAGUACUGGUAGUCACUAUGAAAGGAUGGCCUAUAAUUUGUAAAAAAUUUACAAAAUUAUUUUAAUAAAUAUUAAUUA